AUAAUCCACCUUCCCGUUUCUUGAUCUCCCUCGCAAAUGGGUCCCGGAGUCGUCAAAGCCCUUCAAGGGAAGAUUUUCGGGAGUGGGGACGACACGCCACGCAGCGAAACUCAGGGACGCGACCCAGGGUUAACGAUAGAUAUUCCCGGAAAACCACCUUUUGCUAAGAAGAGUGGUCACCCACGCAAGAGCUCGAGAUCAGUCGUUCCGUCGGAUGUCUCUACACCUGCAGGGAGUUACCGUCAGCAACUGAGCCAGCUUCUGGGAAACGCCUAUCGUGGGACAGAAAAGUACCGCCUGGAGCAAGACGCAAAGCGUGAACGUCAUUGGAAGAGAUGGGGUCCAUACCUCAGCGAUAGGCAAUGGGCAACAGUACGAGAGGAUUAUUCUCAUGAUGGGAACGCGUGGAGCCAUUUUCCUCAUGAUCACGCCCGAUCCCGGGCUUACCGUUGGGGUGAAGACGGGAUAGGUGGUAUUUCAGACAACCAUCAACGGUUGUGUUUUUCGCUUGCCUUGUGGAACGAGAAAGAUCCCAUACUCAAGGAGCGUCUCUUCGGGGUUACCGGACAUCAAGGGAAUCACGGUGAAGAUGUUAAGGAGUUGUAUUACUACUUGGACUCUGCACCGACUCAUUCAUACAUGAAGUUCCUUUACAAGUAUACGCAACGCAGGUAUCCGUAUGAGGAGCUUGUCAAAGAAAACGUUCACCGAGAUCGAGACGUGGCAGAGUAUGAAAUUUUGGACUCGGAUGCCUUCGAUGACGACCGAUACUGGGAUGUUUACAUGGAGUAUGCGAAGGAGGCAGACGACCCAAAUAGCAUUUCUGUUCGCAUUACAGCAUAUAAUCGGGGUCCGGAGCCAUCAACGCUUCACAUCAUUCCGCAUCUGUGGUUCCGAAAUACAUGGUCGUGGCCUAAAGACAAACCACCGAUGCCAUUGCUUUCGAAGUCCUCAACAUUAGGCGGCCUGCAGUACAUCAAAGCAAAGCAUCCAUCUAUGGAAAAGUACUACAUGUAUUGUUUGCCUUCCCCUCCUCCUGUGGAUGAAUCCGGAAACUUCGCCGGGAACGAAGAUAUCGGGAUCCAGCCAGAUUUACUUUUCACGGGAAACGACACCAACUUCGAACGCCUUUAUGGUGGGCAGAAUCCUACGCCUUACGUGAAAGAUGCUUUCCAUGAUCACAUCAUCCCAUCGCACCGGGAGUCCAUUGCCGAGAAACGCUCGAAUUUACGGGAAAAGGAAACUUCCGCCUCAGUAGAGUUUGUUGAUCCAGAUCAUCGUGGCACGAAAUCGGCGGCCCAUUAUGUCUUCCGCGACGUCCCUGGCGGCGGAGGAUGCGCUGUCGUGCGCAUUAGGUUGACACCGUUAUCUCCAUCUAACCUCCCAAAUCUUGAAGACGAAGGGUUGUUUGACGAGACCAGAACUGAUGAGUUUUAUGAUUCCUUUCUACUUGGACAGAUCAACGACGAUUUUAGACAAAUCACGAGACAAGCUUUGGGCGGAAUGUUAUGGACGAAGCAGUACUAUCACUUUAUACAAAAGGAUUGGAUCGAGGGCGACCCAGCUCAACCUCCCCCACCUGCCGGCCGGAGACACAUUCGUAACAUGGAUUGGAAACACAUGUAUAUAGACGAUAUUCUGUCCAUGCCAGACAAGUGGGAAUACCCCUUUUUUGCUGCUUGGGACACGGCUUUCCAUUGCAUACCUCUCGCGGUCGUUGAUCCUGCGUUCGCUAAGAAACAGCUGGAUUUACUCACUCGAGAAUGGUAUAUGAAACCAGAUGGACAAAUACCUGCGUAUGAGUGGAACUUUUCUGACGUCAAUCCUCCUGUGCACGCCUGGGCCACGUUUAGAGUGUUCAAAAUCGAGCGCAAACUUACCGGCAAGGAAGAUCUGGCUUUUCUGGAGAGAGUUUUCCAAAAGUUGUUGCUCAAUUUUACCUGGUGGGUGAAUAGGAAGGACUCAGGUGGAAACAACGUCUUUGAGGGAGGUUUUCUUGGACUUGAUAACAUUGGCAUCUUUAAUCGCUCUGAGCCCUUGCCCACUGGAGGUCGUCUACGCCAAGCUGAUGGGACUGCAUGGAUGGCCUUCUAUUGUUUGAACAUGCUUAACAUGGCCCUCGAGCUCGCGAAGCACAAUCCAGUAUAUGAAGACAUCGCUUCUAAAUUUUUCGAACAUUUCAUUUUCAUCGCCGAUGCAAUGACAUACAAGUCCGGAGAGGAUACAUUCAGUCUAUGGAACGAAGAAGACGGCAUGUACUAUGAUGCGAUUCAGUUCGGCCCCGGUAAUUCCAUGCAACUGCCUGUCCGCAGUCUCGUUGGCCUUAUCCCUCUCUAUGCAACACUUGUCCUGGAACCAACCGUAAUUAAUCGUCUUCCGGGAUUUAAGAAACGCGUCGAGUGGUUCAUAGACAACAGACCUGAAAUUUCGGCUCGAAACAUGGCAAAUAUGAAAGUACCCGGCAGGGGGGAGAGACGACUGCUUGCUUUAGCAAGUAGGGAACGCCUCAUUCGGAUCCUAGAAAAGAUGCUUGAUGAGAACGAGUUUCUUAGUGAAUAUGGCAUUCGAUCAUUAUCGAAGUUACAUAAAGAGAAGCCGUGGGGGAUGGAUGUCCAUGGUCAGCGGUAUGAGGUUGGUUACUGGCCUGGAGAUUCGCAUUCAGGGAUGUUUGGCGGGAAUUCUAAUUGGCGAGGUCCGAUUUGGCUUGCCGUCAAUUUCCUCCUUAUUGAAAGCCUUCAACGAUUUUAUCAAUAUUAUGGUGAUGAGCUGCAGGUGGAAUGUCCUACCGGCAGUGGCGUGUUCAUGAACCUUGUGGAAGUCGCUGAAGAGAUUCAGCACCGGAUCAUUCACAUCUUUGGUCGUGACAUCGAAGGAAAACGUGCUACGAAUGGCGGAAAUCCGAAACUCGAUGGAGACCCCCACUUCCGAGACUACUUGUGGUUCUACGAGUACUUCCACGCAGAUACUGGAAAGGGGCUUGGUGCCUCUCACCAAACUGGAUGGUCCGGACUAGUCGCCUACCACAUUUUGCAAAGUGGGAUUACAUGCCGUCUGCCGAAGACACCUCGGACUCCGCGUAGCCUAGUUCAUCACUACUUUGACGAAACAAUCGACUCGCACUCGGAGUAUGAUGAUGAUGAUACGCGUUCGCUUCGUAGCGCUAUGAGUGCAAUAGAACUGAGUUCUCUUGGGGAUAUCUCACCGGACGCCCUGUAGAAAGAGGCUUUUGAAUUAUUACUUGGCUAUAAUAUCCCGUGUUAGUGUAUCAUAUUAAGUCAGAUUUCCUGUGGUCAUUUCGGAGGACCGCCACUUUAGCAUUUUGCCAUACAAAGCCUAGAACCCACACUUCGUAACCAAGAGACCACCCUGUAGAGAAGUCAUGUGGA